AUGCAAACACACUCUCGGCCACGGCCACGUAAAUUGGAUCUUUCUACCAGCCUUCCAACUUCCGGGGGUCUGUCGGCUCGCCCCCCCGGGGGCCCCAUGACGGCUCGAGAAGGGGUCACCAUGCAAAGUGUCGGUAUUGCUUGCUUAUCCCCUGGUUUUCAGACACACGACCCUAUCAUGAGAGAACAACUUCAAAGGAGCCUGUCCGUGCGAGACCAACAGCGAUCAAUUAUUGAGUCGCGACUGAACAAAUCCGCCAAGGAUGACGGACCAGAUGGUGCAAAACCAUCAGAGUCCUCGUUUGGUGUUCCUAAGGUUGUAUCUUCUAAGAGGAGACCUCCUGGCUUGUCGAUUGUUCCCCCGUCUGCGGCACAGUUCGCCAACGAGCGUGUCGUCCAGUCUGCUCCGUUGAACCAAACAUUUACUGGACGACAUCAAGCUCAGCCGUUAACGCGCCAUGUUGUCAACCAAAGUCCUACAUUAGGUUCAACUUCUCAUAUUCAUCAUGUUCCUGCCAAUCAAACGAAUAAUCGCCUUCCACCACUAUCCGACGUUUUCGGGUCUGACGCAUUAGGUUCCCGUGACCGAGAUGCGAAUCGUGCUCAAUACUACCAGGGUGCUUCUGGAUCGAAUUCUUCGCAAACAAAUAAUUUGCCCCCUAUGCCCUCGCCUAGGAUACCUGCUAGUGCUACGCAAACAUCCAAUCGGCCUCGAGAGUAUCGUUCUGCAGAAGAAGCCGUCCAAGACUUGUCAGGUGGACGAGAAGAGCUAUUGCCGCGGAUUGUUCACUAUGGGGGCCAUCAACCUCCAACCCCGCCGUCGCCCCACGUUGCCAAUGGUCCCAAACCAGGAGCCACUCAUCCGGAUCCUAGGCCUUUGACCAAUGCGCACGCUGCCCCAGUAUCUCAGCCAACUAUAUAUCAUUCGGAGGGGACUGCUCGUCGUCGUCCUAGGAGUGAAUAUGAACAGGACAACGGAAGUCCCCCCUUAGGUCACGGCCCUGAACCGCACUAUCGACCGAACCCGGCCUUGGGAUCUAACGCAAAUUCUGCUUAUGGGCCGUUAGGUGCAGGGAGGGACUCUCCGGAAACCCAGCGAAGAAAGAAGGAAGAGUUUUUGGGUUUAUGCGCAAGAGCAUGGGAUCUAUUCCACUCUUGA